UACGGUCCAUGUUGCCGGGAGUGACUCAACCACAGACACAAUGGAGCUGCAGUGACAAUGUAAAUAGCAGGUGCCUGUUUCUUGCAGCUCACACAGAGAUUUUUUUUGUGUCAGUAAUAGAUUCGCCACGGCAAUGUUAGACUGUUAUUUUCAUCGGGCUGCCGACAGCUAACUGCUUCUGUGCCAACGACCCAGCCUGUGGUGUUAGACAGCUCAUAGCACCGGUAGCUAACCGAUUUAGCUCAGCUAGCUUAGCACCUGCUGAAGCUCUGCUACUGGGAUUGGCUGCAUCUCCACUGGAGGUUACUGGAACUGCCAGGCUCAUCUGUAUAAGAGAUAUUAUGGAGUUCCCUUUUGACAUUAAUCAGCUGUUCUCCGAAAGGGUCUCCGUAUUGGACCACACUCUUGUUGCAGGUCGUAAAUCAGCAGGAAGGCCGGAUCUCCAAGCCCACAUAGCCACAGUUAUUGAUGAAUUAGGAAGAGCCUCGGCUAAGGCCCAACAGCUGACGGCACCUAUAACAAGUGCAUCCAAGCUGCAGUCCCAGAAGCAUCAGCUGUACCUGCUGAAGGAUGGAGAAAGUAACGGAGGACGUGGUGCAGUCAUGGGAUUUCUCAAGGUCGGCUACAAGAAGUUAUUUCUGCUGGACCAACAAGGUGCUCAUGUAGAGGCCGAGCCGCUGUGUGUUCUGGAUUUCUACAUAGCAGAGAACUUGCAGCGACACGGCUAUGGGCUCGAGCUGUUUGAUUUCAUGUUGCAGCACAAGAAUUUAGAACCAGUGUUGAUGGCGUAUGACAGACCCUCACCCAAAUUCCUGUCUUUUCUGGCCAAGCAUUACUGCCUGAAACAGAGUAUUCCUCAGGUUAAUAACUUUGUGGUAUUCGACGGCUUCUUCCUCAACCGAUCAGUGGGCCAGUUGAGAAAGGUUCCCCUAAAAAAGCCAGACGGAGAGAUCAAGCCCUACUCUCUAAUGGAGAGAGAAGUGGUGCGUCAGGAGCAGAGGACUCUUCCUUGGCCGUUUGCCCCUCCUCACUCCCCCCUGCGGUCGGUAUCCUCCCAGUACUCCCAGUCCCUCAGCGUGGGAUCCUCCCCCAGCAGGGCACCUCGAGCCGCCCUGGCAUCUGCCCCUGGGGGCUCCAGGGACCAGAGCCCACAGUCACCUCAUCUAGACCGCUGCAGAGCAAGACGCACCAGCCAACAGGGUCUUGUUGCCAGAUGCAGCCUGUACAGUCGCCACAUGGACAGCAGUGCUGUUGGACUGUUGGACAGACACCUGCCAGGUCUGAGAGCAGUGGGAGAUCAGUCAUACGCUCUGGGAUACACAGACACACACAGGUCGGCCAAUAUUCACACACCACAAUGCAGGUCCCAUCCACUCUCACUGCCUCCGCUGUCAGCAACAAAGAAUGAUGCAACCUGCAUUCAGACCUCCUUAGGCAAGAUGCAACUAGAUGAUACAGAUGACCAAGUCUGCAGCAGUGAGGAGGACAUUAACGUGGCAGACGGUUCACAGUGUUCAGAAAGAGGUGUGCUGGUCAACCAGAGGCAUAUGUUGAGAAAGGAGAGUGAUAGACGCACAGGUGACUGGUCCUGGACUGUCGGAGUGAACGGUUACACUGCUCAGUGGGUGAAGCAGAAGCAGGAAUAUAGGAGCACCCGCCCCUGGUGAUGGGGGUCUUUGUUGGCACAGGACAUUUGUCCCACCAGUCCAGUAUGUUCAUUCAUUCCAUCCAUUUAUUCAGAUCCAAAGAUAGAAGUUUAAGCAGUUAUUUACUGACAGUGAUGCAAUGGUGCUCUAGUUUCUGCUCAGUCAUCAGGUGAGAUGCCGUUAACACAUGCUGUUAACUCUUAACGAAGGUCAAAGAGGGGCAUUAAACUGUGAACCACUUCACCUAAAAGUGUUAGAGCAAACUGGUGUCAGGAGCUAGUUAUGGAACUGCGUCACACCAAAUGCCAUCGAACAUUCAGCCAACAUCAACAUUCCAGUGAACGGCCCAGGUCACUGUAGAAACACACUGGACAGCUGAGAUGUUUACUGUGGUUUCACAGUAGGUGUAAGGUUGAUGUGAAGGUGUUAACUGUUACACUGUUUUGCACUUCUGUGAAAACACCUCUUUAGCACUGGGAUCCAAGCUGUGGAAGUAGGUUAGAUGAACUAUUUUCCUUCCUUGAGUGAACUGUACCUGUGGUCAAGCUCUGACUUUACAUCUGUUCACACAGCAUCAGCUUUACACUGGCCCUUUACUUGGCUUUAUGGUCAAAUAUCCACAAAACUAAGGACAUUCCUGUUAGCUUUGGCCGUACUUUUUGUACCAAUUAUCAAAUGUCAGCUGGUAACAUGGCAAUCACUUUAG